AUGGACGACGAGCGGCAAGAGGAACUGGAGACGCUUGCCGCCAUCUAUCCAGAACUUGUAAUCGACCCAAGCGAUGCCUUUUCCGCUACUUUGGAGCUACCGGUAUCGCCAGCAAGUCCUCUGAUAAUCCGGUUCGCACUGCCCGAUACCACACAAGAGAAUGCUACCGCAGCUGAUCCUCCACAAGUUGCGCGUGAACUGAGCUUCUCGCAUUUGCCACCCUUCACCCUUCGCAUAUCUUUGCCAUCGGAAUAUCCCAAUGACGGCCCGCCUGUUGUCAGGUUGUCAACAAGAACACCAUGGCUGCCAAGUAGCAAACUCAGCGAGCUAGAGUGUGAGGUCGUCAGUCUUUGGGAAGAAUCUGGACGCUGUCAGAUCCUCUUUGGCUACAUCGACCACCUGCAGCAAGCGGCUGAACGAGGAUUUGAUCUGGAAGGGUGCUUGACUUUGCCAGCCGCGCAACAGUCUGAUCUUGUCAACUUCGACAAGAAGACCGUCCAGGAACUCUUCAACGCCGAGACUUACGACUGCGGCAUCUGUCUGGAUCMAAAGAAGGGCAUCAACUGCUAUCGUAUGAAGCUCUGCGGCCACGUCUUUUGCCGCGAGUGUCUUCAAGACGUCUACAAUAAUGGCAUCAAAGAGGGUGAUGUGUCCCAGAUUAAGUGUUUGGAGCCCGGGUGUUCCUCAGAACGCAUCGGYGCCGACGGUCAGAAGCGAAAGCGGAAGACGGAGCGUACUGUGCAUCCACGCGAGCUCCUUGACAUGGGUGUGGAAGAGGUAAUGGUGAAGAGGUACCUCGAAAUGAGACGCAAGAAGAAGCUCGAAGCGGACAAAACAACUGUAUAUUGUCCACGAAGUUGGUGCCAGGGACCCGCUAAGAGUGACAGAUAUCCUUUGAUACCGUCAGACCUGGUCACUUACAUCUCUACCAUGGAGGUUGCGCUGGACCCGGAAAGCGAGGUGGAGGAUGGUGUUGAGGAAGGCCAGUCCGAGUCAGAACCUACGAAGAACCCAGGAAACAUUCCGCCCAACAUCGCGGAUCGUGUCGCAAUCUGCGAGAAGUGUGAUUUGGCAUUUUGUAAAGUCUGUUACAAAAGCUGGCAUGGUCCAUUUGCUCGAUGCCAGCCUCGGGAUCCUACGGAGCUUUCUGUCGAAGAGAAAGCCACGUACGACUACAUCCGCAAGUUCACCUCGCCUUGCGCCCACUGCAGUGCGCCGGUACAGAAGACCAUGGGCUGCAACCACAUGAUAUGCUUUAACUGUAAGACUCACUUCUGUUAUUUAUGUGGUUUCUGGAUACCUGCGACCAAUCCCUACAAGCACUUCAAUGUUCCGGGUGGAACCUGCUAUCAACGACUAUGGGAGUUGGAGGAAGGCGACGAUGGACAGGCGCCUGAAGACGGCAGAGGCUUUGGUGGAGCUAGGGCUGCUGAGAUGGCUGCUGAUGUKGCUAGAGAGGCGGAUGAGGCUGAAGAGAGAGCCAGAUUGCAGGCAGAAGCAGAUGCCAGGGCAUUGCCUGUUGCACCAGAGCCUCCCGCGCGUGGAGUGCCGCUUGCGGAUUUUCAGGCGCAGAUCAACCUUUUCGACGACGAGAUUCCGGCUGUCGUUUUGCACGCUCCUGUAGGUCGUGCGGUGGAGCCUCAACAACAACAACAACAACAACCGCGAGGUGGUAGGAGGCAACACAAUCCCUUUCCGGCCGCACGGAUUCCAGGCCAGGGACCAGCGCAGGCUGUGAGGGAUCAUGAGCGUGGAGGCCGGGGAGGGCGGGCAAGAGACGCGCAGAGGCCUCCAGCCGCUCGUGCUGGAGAUGAGCAGCGCGACGUUAACGAUCGCCAGCAGAUUCAUCUGGCGAACUUUCUGGAGGCGGCCGGCAGGGAUCGAGAAGAUGACUGGAGCUCCGACGAGAUGGGAGACGAUGAGGACUUCUACAUUCCUCUUCGAUAG